GCGGGCGACGUGGUGUGUCCUCUUUGCCGGUAUCUGCGCCGGGCGCGCCUCGUGUCUCAGCCCUGGCGGCCGGCGCGGCGGGCAUGGCGGGCGCGGGCCCGAAACGGCGCGCGCUGGCGACCCCGGCGGCCGAGGAGGAGGAGCGGCAGGCGCGAGAGAAGAUGCUGGCGGCGCAGCGCGCGGACGGGGCGGCCCCGGGGGGCGAGGGCGAGGGCGUGACCCUGCAGCGCAACAUCACGCUGCUCAACGGCGUGGCCAUCAUCGUGGGCACCAUCAUCGGCUCCGGCAUCUUCGUGACGCCCACGGGGGUGCUCAAGGAGGCGGGCUCGCCGGGGCUGGCGCUGGUGGUGUGGGCCGUGUGCGGGGUCUUCUCCAUCGUGGGCGCGCUCUGUUACGCCGAGCUGGGCACCACCAUCUCCAAGUCGGGCGGCGACUACGCCUACAUGCUGGAGGUCUACGGCUCGCUGCCCGCCUUCCUCAAGCUCUGGAUCGAGCUGCUCAUCAUCCGGCCCUCCUCGCAGUACAUCGUGGCGCUGGUCUUCGCCACCUACCUGCUCAAGCCGGUCUUCCCCACCUGCCCGGUGCCCGAGGAGGCCGCCAAGCUCGUGGCCUGCCUCUGCGUGUUGCUGCUCACGGCCGUGAACUGCUACAGUGUGAAGGCCGCCACCCGGGUCCAGGACGCCUUUGCUGCCGCCAAGCUCCUGGCGCUGGCCCUGAUCAUCCUGCUGGGCUUCGUGCAGAUUGGGAAGGGAGACGUGUCUAAUCUGGAUCCCAAGUCCUCCUUUGAAGGCACCAAUUUGGAUGUGGGGAACAUCGUGCUGGCUCUGUAUAGCGGCCUCUUUGCCUAUGGAGGAUGGAACUACUUGAAUUUCGUUACAGAGGAAAUGAUCAACCCCUACAGAAACCUGCCUCUGGCCAUCAUCAUAUCCCUCCCCAUCGUGACGCUGGUGUACGUGCUGACGAACCUGGCCUACUUCACUACCCUGUCCACUGAGCAGAUGCUGACUUCAGAGGCCGUAGCCGUGGACUUCGGGAACUACCACCUGGGGGUCAUGUCCUGGAUCAUUCCAGUCUUCGUGGGCUUGUCCUGCUUCGGCUCAGUCAAUGGGUCCCUGUUCACAUCCUCCAGGCUGUUCUUCGUGGGGUCCAGGGAGGGCCACUUGCCCUCCAUCCUGUCCAUGAUCCACCCGCACCUCCUAACACCUGUGCCAUCCCUCGUAUUCACGUGUGUUAUGACGCUGCUCUACGCCUUCUCCAAAGACAUCUUCUCAGUCAUCAACUUCUUUAGCUUCUUCAACUGGCUGUGCGUGGCCCUGGCCAUCAUCGGCAUGAUCUGGCUGCGCUACAAGAAGCCGGAGCUGGAGCGGCCCAUCAAGGUGAACCUGGCCCUGCCCGUGUUCUUCAUCCUGGCCUGCCUAUUCCUGAUUGCCGUCUCCUUCUGGAAGACCCCUGUGGAGUGCGGCAUCGGUUUCACCAUCAUCCUCAGCGGGCUGCCCGUCUACUUCAUUGGGGUUUGGUGGAAGAACAAGCCCAAGUGGCUCCUGCAGAGCAUCUUUUCCAUGACAGUCCUGUGCCAGAAGCUCAUGCAGGUCGUCCCCCAGGAGACAUAAGCGAGGAAGGCUGAGAAACUGCCAGAAAGAAAAUGCACAGAGAUUAUUUUAAAGCAACUCACCCCCUCGAAAAGCAACUCCAGUUCCCCAUUGUCCACCAGCUCAGCUGAGCGCCACUAGCCACCUGGGUCCCUUGCCAUUCCUCCCGCAGGUGGGGCUGCCCAGGCUGCUGUGAAACUGGUACGAAUUUAGUCGCGGACCACGAACUCCCUCGAUACCUCCUUCGGGUGAGGCAGGAGCUGUGACCUAAGAAAUGGCCAGUGUUCCCGACCACAGCGCUUGGUAUUGCGCUGGGUCCUUCUCCCUUCCCACUUUGGUUUAUUUGUAUUUUUUUUUUUUAACUUAAAUUUUGGGUUAGUGCUACCACAAUAAUUUUUUUUUUUUCAAGAAACAGGGGAGGGGGAAGUGGUAGGAGACUGUCUCCCCCUGACUCCACCGCAGCACACUGAGUCUGGAAGGGGCCGGUCACCAUCACGGAGCAGACAGAACUACUGAGACUCGGCCCCACCACCUGACCUCACACCUGCACUGACUUGUGUGCUUGAGCUUUCUUGUUUUUUUUUUUUUUAUUGUUUUAAAUGUAGUGACAUUCAUGAAAACUAACCCUGUGGGCUUAUGUCUCUGCCUUAAAGACUUGAGGUAGGUCCCUCCCCACCAGCCCCAAAAGAGAGAAGUUUCAGUGGCACCGCUGGACCCACUGGCAGUGCAGCACACAGCCUUCUGGGAGGUGCUCAGCCAGGCCUGGGGCUGGGCUUAAGGACUUGGUUGGACUCCUGACCAUGCUUUCUACCCAGACAAGAGUCCUGAGCAAAGACACAGGCCUGGGGACUCCAGCCUCUCCCCCAGGACCGCCAAAUCUGAGCUCUGCAACCUGAGCCCAUUCUGCAUCCAUUUGGGGGGUGGCUGAGCUCUAGUUAAUACAGAGAAAAUUCUAUUCUUCAAUCUUAUAGAGAUAGGCUAUGGUCAGAUACCCUAGUGGGCUCCCAUCCAGUCCCCUCCCAGCUAUGAGGGGCUGACUCCCACUCCUGUCCCUUCCCUCCUGGUCACUGCACAGCCCGUGUUUCAGUCUCAACUCCCACUGUUCUUCCCAAGUGUUCCUCACCUCUGGUACCUGUUUCCAGAGGCCACUCUGAGUCUCUGGGGGUCAUACUGUCCACUCCCCAAGGGCACAGGGUCUUUUCUCACUCUGACCUUCCCUAUGGUAUGGGGGGCAGCUGAGGCCAAGCCACGGCCAACUUUACUGAGCUGUCACUACCUGUCGCUACCUCCAGGAACCAGCUGGGAGGAGGGACUGAGCUCAGAUUGCAGGGACACAAAGAACAAGAAGGCUCCCUCCAGGCCCCAUCUGUGCUGGGGCGGGCCUCCCUCUCAGACCCCCACCCCCAGGGGGAGGCUCCUCCAGUGCCGAGGCCAUUGCCCAGCUGUGGCAAGAGGAGCCGCUAUGUGGCGAUGACACUGGACGCAGCCUGGAGCCCCUCAGCCAGGAGCCUCAUGAGCAAGUGGUUGGGUGGGUGCUGCUCUGCUGGUUGGCAGCUGCUCCUGCCCCCAAACCGAGUGGCCAGUCGAGCCUGCUGUCACCCACCUAGGUGCCGGGACCUCACAUCACCUGAGGGCCCAGGGAACCUGCUGAGCAGCUCAGGUGUUCUGGGACAGGCUUUAAGGCCGAGAAGGAGUGGACCAGGUCUGCUUGGGAAGGACCUUUGUGCCAGAGGCCAGAGUCCUGUCUGUCCCCAGCUGCUUGAAGACCAACUUCAGUCCUCAUGUGAACUAAGUCAUUCCCAGACUGAACUCCACCCGCAUGUGGGAGCUGCACAGUGUCUGAAGGGACUGUGACACCAAGGGCUGGACACCUGAUUGUAGACUGUCAGCCAGUCCAGGGUCUCUGUUUUCUCACCUGCAAAUGGGUGCACGAGCUGGCACCCCCUGCUGGUGAAUGGCCAUGUCCCCACAGGGCAGUUGCUCCCUGGGCAUGCCGGCAGGAUCUGAGCAAGCAUCUUUGUCCUCUCUCCUCCCCCUGGGGGGACUUGGGAUGCUGUUCAAGCUGCCAGUUCUGGGAGGGCACAGCCUCCAGUUCCCUUCCAGCCCACAGUGGCUUCUCCGUGGGGACAUGGGUCCUGCUGCUGUGGGUGGUACAGGGACCCGCCCUCCCAGGCGGCCUCUGUUAGGUGUGGCAUAAUCAUGUGGGGGUGACCUGCAGGGCUGGACCCUGCUCCUGGGGACCCUUUCACGCUGGGGCUGGGGUGGGGGCACCCAGUGGUCACUUGUUGACAGGCAGCUCUCCUGCCAUCUGGGCCAGGGCCUCCGCCACAAGAGGCAGGCAGGAGGUGUUCAGUCUGUGAUCCUUGGUGCUGCGCCCCCAACCCAGUCUGGAGACCCCACUUCAUAAGCCAGGGACCACACGGAGGCUGUGCCCUGCCAUACGAGUCAGGCCUGCUUGCUGGCAGCGCCCUAUGACCCUGCCCAGCAGUCACCUGCAUUGGGGCCCUGCCACACUGCAGCUCGGGGGAGGGCAGGUGGGACUGCAGGGCCUGUGGGAGGAGUUUGCUAUUUCUGACUGUCUUUACUGGCAGGAGUCCCUGGGUUCACGUUAUGGUUUUCGAUUUUUGUCUGAAGCACAUCAUUGCGUAGCAGCGUUUUGUUGAGUCAUUUUGCUUUUCUGUGUUGUCCUAACAACUUACUAAUUUAAAAGGAUGCUGUCAGUGCUGUGAUAUUUAUUUCCGGUGGUCAGCAUUCGGCCUUGCUAUUGCUCGUAAGGCCAGGGCCAUCCACUGUGACACCGGCUGACCAGGCCGGGACACCCUCCACUGAGGAAAUGAAAAAUGACAAUGCCGUGUGUUGCUGGGGCAUCUUUUAUUGUGUUAAUGGUUAACUUGUUACACUAGGCUGGUUUGGGUGGGAAGUUCUGGAUUUUUUUUGUGGGGUUUUUGUUUGCUUGUUUUUAAAGAAAAACAAUCACUAAAAGCUAUGAU